AUGGCGAAUACAUCACUUUCCGAUGGCGAACCUCAAUGGAAUAGUAAACCACAAUUUAGACUGCCAGGAUGGGCAGAACCAAUUAUGGUUGCUAGUAUCUUGUUUGGAUCGAUGGUACUCACGAGACGACAUGGAUAUCGAAUAUUCGAUAGACGGCGAAGAAGUGCGUACGGAAUAUUGGACGAGGAACCCGAUUCUGCACGAUCGUCGGAUGAUUUAUUAACCCGAGAUUAUAUGAUUGGGAAUGGACGAGAUUCGGAUGUGGAUUCCAUGUCGACUUCGAAAUUUCCUCCCAAGAAGAGGAGAUGUUGUGGGACGAACCUUUUGACGCCGAAUACGUCGCGGUUUAGAGAUCAUUAUCAUAGUCGGAUAUUACAGAAAUAUCCUUUUCUGAUUGAGAUGUUCUAUUGGAUUAUCACGUAUGCGUUUUAUCGAUGUACCAAGGUCCUCUCGCAGGCCAUGUUUUCAAAAAUGGGUAUUUGGGAGGUGGCUCAGGAUCAUGGGUUGGCGAUCUUGGAGUUUGAGGAAUUUUCGUGGAUGAGUUUUCUGUGGCCGGUGAGAGAACAGGAUGUGCAGAAGUGGUUUUUGAAUGGACAUGGCACGCUUUUGACCAUCUUGAAUCGUUCUUAUGCGCUGGUUCAUAUCCCUGGGACUGUUGGAUUCAUUGCAUUCUGGUAUUACGUCGCACCAUCCCACGCAACCUUUGCCACCAUCCGUCGAACCAUGACCCUCACCAACCUUCUCGCCUUCUGCAUGUUCAUUCUCUACCCCUGUAUGCCACCACGUCUUCUGCCCCCCGAGUAUGGAUUCCUCGACAGCGUCGGUCGCAAUAACGCGCAAUCCGUGUGGAUGCAGGGAAACUACGUGAAUGCGCUCGCGGCCAUGCCCUCCAUGCAUUUCGGAUAUUCCUUCUGCAUCGGCGUCACCAUGAUUUACCAUUCUGGCGUCUUCCGGCGCAACUUGGAGACGGGCGAAAUGCGAAAGAGUAGAUUCUGGGUGCUGUUUUACAUAUUCGUGGGAGUCGCAUAUCCGCUUUAUAUUCUCAUCACGAUUGUGGCGACGGCAAAUCACUAUUAUCUCGAUGCAUUUGUGGCGUUUUUCGUGGCCAUCGCCGCGUACCUGUGUAACCGGAUUUUCCUCGUCUUGUUGCCGGUGGAGGAUUUGUUGUUUUGGUGUUUGAGAUUAGAAAAACCUAUUCCGACGACGGGAGAUGAAGCCAUCGACGAAGAUGAAGAAGACGACAUCGUAGGUGGAUUGAUGGGCAUUUUAGCAUUUUGGGAUGGGCAGGCUUGA